CCUCCCUUUAUCAACCCCCCCUCUGAAAUGUUCACAAAGGUCUAAAACGCACCCCCACCCUUUUCCCUUUCCCUUCUCCUUCACCAUCCCCCACUCUUCUCUUUCUCUCAUCUAUUCCUUUCGUGUGUCCUUGGUUACGAACCAACCCACUUGGAACAAUAUUAAUCAUAAGGAAGUAGGAAGGGGAAAAUUUGAAGGGGAAAAAAAAAGAAGAAAAGGAGCCUCUUUUUUUUUAAUGUGUUUUCCUCUCCAAGCCGACCUUUUUUUUCAAUUUUGCUGAGUUUUCCUGCGGGUUCUGGGGGCAUCGGAUUGGGAAUCGUGCCCCGCAAGCGAAAUCGCCGCUUGGGUUUGCGUAGAUUUGACCGAUUUGGCAUCUCGGUCGGUGUUGGUUUGGGGGAUUUUUUUGGUGGGGGGAGGGGGGUGAUUUGGGGGAGUUGUUGUUUGGUCUUAGAUCGUUCGGGAUCCUGUUUGUGAUUGGGGAUUUGAGGAUAUUACCUUGUAGUACUUGCAUCAGCUGUGGUAAGAGAUUUAUAUAUGGGCUAAUUCGUACAUUUCAUGGGAGGUGUUGAAGACGAUGAGCCACCCUCAAAACGUGUGAAAGCAAACUCAGUAGAAUUGUGUAGCCUGUCGAAUAAUUCGUCUUUUUCCGAGUCAAUUAAUCCUUUGGGAGGUCUAAUGGCCAGGCCUUUACCUUCCCAAGGGAAAGAUGACAUCGUCGGUUCGAAAGGAGUCAUAAAAAGGGUCGAGUUUGUGAGAAUAAUCACAGAGGCUCUUUAUUCUCUUGGUUUUGAGAGGAGUGGAGCAGCUCUCGAGGAAGAAUCUGGAAUCUAUUUGCAUUCUGAUGCGGUUAAUCUCUUCAGAGAGCAAGUCCUUGAAGGAAACUGGGAUGGCAGUGUAACAACAUUGCAAAAAAUCAGCCUUUUGGAAGAAAAUGUUAAAAAAUCAGCUUCUUUUCUUAUAUUGGAGCAGAAGUUCUUUGAGCUUUUGGAGAAUGGCAAACUCAUGGAUGCAUUGAAUACAUUGAGAAACGAAAUUGCUCCUCUUAGGAUUAAUAAGAAGAGGAUGCAUGAACUAUCCAACUGUUUAAUUUCUCCUUCGCAGAGUCUUAUACUUGGAUUUGCAAACCUCGGAAUUGAAACAUCAAAUUCAAGAAUUAAGCUUUUGGAGGAAUUACAGAAAUUGCUUCCACCAACUAUUAUGAUACCUGAGAGGCGGUUAGAGCAUUUGGUCGAACAGGCACUUACUGUGCAACGAGAUGCUUGUUAUUUUCAUAACUCCUUGGAUGGUUCACUGUCGUUGUAUGCUGAUCAUCAAUGUGGGAAAGAUCAGAUCCCUUAUCGUACAACACAGGUAUUGCAAGCUCAUCAUGAUGAAGUGUGGUAUUUGCAGUUCUCCAAUACCGGGAAGUAUUUAGCAUCAUCAUCCAGUGAUAACUCUGCUAUUAUAUGGGAGGUUCAUGAAGAUGGGCAAUUGUCAUUGAAGCACACUUUAACUGGCCACCAGAAACCUGUUUUAAUGGCCGCGUGGGGCCCCGAUGAUCGCCAACUCCUCACAUGCGGGAUGGAAGAGUCAGUACGACGCUGGGAUGUGCAAUCGGGAGAAUGCCUUCGUAUCUAUGAAAAGGCCGGCCUUGGCUCAAUUUCUUGCUGUUGGUUUCCUGAUGGAAACAAAUUCUUUUUGGGUUUAACUGACAAAAGCACCUGCUUAUGGGACUUGGAUGGUAAAGAACUUGAUUGCUGGAAGGGCCAAAGAACAACAAAGAUCUCGGAUAUAGCUGUUACGAAAGAUGGUAGGACUGUAAUUAGCAUGUGCAAGGAAUCGACUAUUCGUUUGUUUGAUAGGGAUGCGAAGAUGGAGAAGUCGAUUGAAGAGGAACAAACGAUUACUUCAUUCUCACUGUCGAAAGAUGAUAACUUUUUGCUUGUUAAUCUUUUGAAUCAGGAGAUUCAUUUGUGGAGCAUUAAGGAUGAGCCGAGGCUUGUUACCAAAUACAAAGGUCACAGGCGUAGUCGGUUUGUCAUUAGAUCUUGUUUCGGGGGCUAUGAGCAGGCAUUCAUUGCUAGUGGAAGUGAAGAUUCUCAGGUAUAUAUUUGGCACCGAGCCACCGGAAAUAUCAUUGAGGCUCUCCCUGGGCACUCCGGGGCUGUGAACUGCGUUAGCUGGAACCCUGUGAACCAUCACAUGCUCGCUUCUGCAAGCGACGACCGCACAAUCCGUAUUUGGGGAGUGAACAGCAGAGUUAACAAUCACUUGAAGCGCAAGGAUGUUCAGAGCAAUGGAGUAGUCGCUCGCGCGUGCUGCAAUGGAAACAGUAAAAUCUGAUGAUAAUAACUGUUGAUCGGCCGAGCAGUCAAACUAUCCGUGGAUUUAGUUCUUCAUUGUCUCUGUAUAUCCUUUUUCUUACCUUUCUCCGUGUUGGUCUUUCAUAGAAAGCAGGGAUGUCAAACUUUUAAGACGGUAUUAUCUCAUAAAUCUGUUAUUUGACCUCUUUAAGUUUCUUCCUGAUAUUUCUGAUAGCAGGAUAGAAAUUUCUUAAAAGUGCUCAUUUAUUCUUGUAUUCUUUUGGGUGAUUGUCCUUAAGCUUCUUUUGGGCUUCCUCUAA